GCCUUGAGACUCGGACGGGACUGACUGCCUACCUGCUGACCGGCCGGGAAAGAGCGAAUUCUGGCUAGGGGGCUUAACCAGCCGCUGCUCCUGGGCCACGGACUGAGGCUGCCUCCGCCCCUCACAGCGGCGCCCUCUCACUCACCGGAGUUCUUCUCCGCCAGCGUGCAGCCCCCGGCCGCCCGGGCUGGCUGGCUGGCUGGCGACGCUCGAUGAACUGCCUGAAAGAACCGCUCAGCCUGGAGCGUUUGGGAGCCGGGAAUAAGCUUUGCUCCACCUCCCCUUCUUCCUCCUCUUCCUCCUCCGCCUCCUCGUCUUGCCACCACCACCACCACCACCACCACCCGGCCCUGGUUAUGGCUUCAGCCCUGACCCCCGGCCAGCCGCGAUCGGCCCUGGAUUCUGCUAAGCAUCGGCUGGAGGUUCACACCAUCUCCGAUACCUCCAGCCCCGAGGCCGCAGAGAAAGAGAAAAGCCAGCCGAGCAAGAAUGAGGACGCGGGCGCCGAAGAUCCGUCCAAGAAGAAGCGACAGCGGCGGCAGCGCACUCACUUCACCAGCCAGCAGCUGCAGGAGCUGGAGGCCACCUUCCAACGAAACCGCUACCCGGACAUGUCGACGCGGGAGGAGAUCGCCGUCUGGACCAACCUCACCGAGGCCAGAGUCAGGGUUUGGUUCAAGAACCGGCGGGCCAAGUGGCGGAAGCGGGAGCGGAACCAGCAGGCGGAACUCUGUAAGAAUGGCUUCGGGCCGCAGUUCAACGGGCUGAUGCAGCCCUAUGACGACAUGUACCCGGGCUAUUCCUACAACAACUGGGCCGCAAAGGGGCUGACCUCCGCGUCGCUCUCCACCAAGAGCUUCCCUUUCUUCAACUCCAUGAACGUCAACCCGCUGUCCUCGCAGAGCAUGUUCUCGCCCCCCAACUCCAUCUCGUCCAUGAGCAUGUCUUCCAGCAUGGUGCCCUCCGCGGUCACCGGCGUGCCGGGCUCCGGCCUCAACAGCCUCAAUAACUUGAACAACCUGAGCAACCCUUCGCUCAACUCGGCCGUGCCCACGCCCGCCUGCCCCUAUGCCCCGCCGACCCCUCCUUACGUUUACCGGGACACGUGUAACUCUAGCUUGGCCAGCCUGAGACUCAAAGCCAAGCAGCACUCCAGCUUCGGCUACGCCAGCGUCCAGACCCCGGCCUCCAAUCUGAGCGCCUGCCAGUACGCCGUGGACAGGCCGGUGUGAGAGGAAGGCCAGCCUCUUCGGCCGGGCUUCGGGGCGGCUGCUCUCAUUGCUGCGUUCGGAGGGGGGAGGGGCGGGGGAGGAGGGCAGGCAAUCGCGCGUGGAAGUCGGAAGGGAGGAGGGAGGCCUCGCCUCGGCAUCCAAGGACUUGAACGUUCAAUCCAAAGUAAAUGGGCACUAUGGGGGGCGGGAGGAGCAGCAAUUAGGCGGCCAAAUUAAAUAAACCCAGGCGGAGGGGGAGGGAGAGAAGGAAAACCCUGAAAUCACGGCGUUCCUUGAUUUUCAAAGGAUGUUCUCCGACUCCUUAAAAUAAAUGGAAAGAGUUUUUAAAAAAUGGGGAAGAAGUAUUCCCAACAGCGACAAGGACAUAUAUUAUAAAUAUAUAUAAAAAACGGACAAACGUUUGACUGGAUAUGGUAUGACAUUUUAAUGUUCCUAUAAGCUUGUUAUUUUUUAUGUUUAGCAUUGUUAACAUUAAAAAAAUGACGGGAAAGGAUGUAUAUAUAUAUCGAAAUGUCAAAUUAAUUUUAUAAAAGCAGUUGUUAGUAAUAUCUCCACAGUGUUUUUAAAAGUUAGGCUUUAAAAUAAAGCAUGUUACACAAGAGAGUAGGGAUUUCUUUUUCUUUCCUUUUUUUUCUUUUUUCCGCUUGCGAGCAAGGGAAUGUAUAUACUAAAUGCGACACUGUAUGUUUCUAACAUAUUAAUAUUAUUAUUAUUAUUAAAAAGGAAGUCCCAUUGUGUGAAUAUCGGUUUUAGAAUAGUACCUCUGGUGGAUGCAAUGGUGACUUUUGAAACUGCAAUGUAAAACAUACCCUGUGUAUAACAUUUCGUAUAAUUAGUGUUUUCCUUUUCAGACAACAUUGGAAAAAUGUGUUUUCUUUCAUGGGAGUAAAAUAUACAGCAUACA